AUGUCAACGGCGGCCUCACUGGGGAGUAGUAGGGUAGGAGUGGCUCUAUGUGGGGAGGACGAUGUGGCUGACUGUGUAGUGGAGUUAGGAUUGCUGAUGAUACCUUAUUACAUGUUCCUAGUCAUGGUGCCCCUGAGGAUACAUGAGUUAUAUUCCUGCGCUCGAUCUCUACCACCUAGGAGAUGGCCGUUCACGAACCUUGUCAAGAGGGUCUGUUGUGCAUCCUUGGCGGUUGCUAAUGUUGGCAUCGCUACUGCCGCUGUAGUGUUCUAUGAUAGGAUCUAUGGAUCAUGCUACGUUGUGCUCACGUACGAGACCCUUGUCAGCUUUGUGGUACCUGCCUCAGUCUUGGUCGAGUUUACGGUCCUUUUGGUUCCUCACGGGUAUUACAAGCUCCGCCCGAGUGGUAUGGCUCUUCGUGUCAUCACUCGAGAAGACUCCAAUGUGGCUGGUCAGCUGUAUCCGUCUUCGGGUUCCCAGGCGAUGAUAGAGCACACUAUAGACUCGGGAUACUCGCCGCCUAGUAUUGGCUCUCCUUCGGCUCCUCUGCCUGCAUUCCGUCCUUGCCUGAAAUUGUUGGACGUUCAAGUGGUGGCCAAGAUAGGCCCAACAGGACAGGCCCUCACUGAAUACAAGUUAUUCACUCGAGUAUACCCUCAAGCAGGAGAAGCCUUUCAGAUCACUGUCAAGCGCCGUUUCAAGGUUCUCAAGUGGUUGGAUGAUCGACUGAGAGUCCUAUUCGACCACGAUCGUUUUCCUGAGUUCCAUGCGAAGAUGGGCAGCUUCCCCCCAAGGGAGGUGGUGGAGGCAAACCCAUUCACCCGUCAAGUUGGCUUUAGGGAGUAUUUCCGGACGCUGUACACGAGUCAGAUGUUCAUGGUACCGGAGCUUCUCGAUAUCGUUGGUCUUAAUCCUAUGAAGGGGAGUAAGCAGUUGAGUGCAUUCAUGUCCUUGAGCGCUAGUCAGCUACGAAUGGAGGAGAAGGCGAGGAUGUCUAUGCGUGGCCGAGGCAGCGUCAGCUUGGAUCUCCCGACUGGGGGCGAGCAAAGAUUUGCCAGCUCGGCUGCGUCGUCAUCUAACCGGUUAGAAGCUCGUGGAUCUCCAUUGACUGGGGUACUCGAGAGCCGUCAUAGAUACGUCCAAUUCGUACGGCCUGCAAGGGCCAUUAUCUCUACCAGGAGUAGAGGAAGGAUCGACGUCCUUCCUUGGUGUGGUGACCAAGGUCACGGGGUAUGUGGCGGUACCUCCAGGGCGUGGACCAAGGAGUUCAUUGCGGCGAACGCGGAUUUCCUCCAAGUCCGAUUGAUGGUCAGUCUACCAGCCAAGAUGAGGAUGCCAGGCGUCAAUAGGGCUGCCUUCCUUGAGCAGCGACGUGAGCAGUUGGAACACUUCCUUCGAGGCCUUCUCACGGAUCCUGCUGUCUGCCACUGUUUGCUACUAUGGGACUUCCUCAAUGUGCCUCGAGAGGAGCUGAUCCAUUUAUUGGAUCCUCUGUGGGGGAACGGUGCUGCUGAAGCUCUGGGGCCUGGACGGCCUAUGUCACCGCCAGUGUCACCACGUAGAUUCAGCGGCAGUUGGGAUCCACGACGGGUCAGCAACUAUGCGACGCUGCGAGGUAACGCUAUGCUUGGCAGGAAUUCCUUCGACCGUAUGUCCCCGAGCCCAUUGACCUCUCUGACAUUGCCUCGGGAUACCUCCUUGAAUGGUCUAUUCGGCAUGUCAGCACCGCAAAGUAUGGGAGUGCUCCCAGAGACCGUGGAGGAGGGCCCAGAGGUAGAGCUGGAGAGUAACCGUCAGAGGACUGCCGAAGUGGUGUUGUACCACUACGACGUUGAUUGUCUGCCUGUAGCCCACCCGAAGACUCUUUUUGUUCUCAAGUUGUUCCGUCCGGCCGAUGAUAGUCCGUAUGGAGAGGAGUGGGUGAUCCAGCGGCGGUACUCUGAGUUCAGGGAGCUCCACCAAGUGCUUCAGUCUCAUUUCGUCCAUGAUGCUCGGGCGCGGAAGAUUCUCAACGAUCUAGUGUUCCCCACGAAAGUGUUGUCCCACCGAGCUGACCUCGAGAAGGCUCAGAAUGAGGAACGGAAAGAGAUGCUUGGCCUGUGGAUAGCGGGCAUCAUGUCGUCCAUCGACGUUCUUGGGUGCCCCGCGAUGGAAGACUUCACCAAGCGAGACGAUUCUGCUGCUGCUGGUUUGCAAGGCAGCGCGUUAGCAGCACAGUGA